CACGGCACGAAGAUCUUUGACAUGGAUUCCUUUUCUUUCUACUCUGUUGCCAUGGUCUAUUUUAGUCCUAGGGGUAUUGCGUUAUCCCUGGGUCUAUAUUUCACUAGCCUGUAGCCCCAUCCACUUGCAUCUUUUUGUGAGGUGCUUAUUCAAGUAAGAUUUAGAAGUCAGCGCCUUUCAUAGAAACAAGUAUUUGCUAUCUGAAUAAGAAGGCCUGUUGGCUUCGAGCCUCAAGUAUGGCAAAAAUUUGGGGAUUUGCGGCUACGUUGGUAGUCCUCUCAUCGGUAGUGUCAGUUGUCCAGGCGCAGAACUAUCCCUUAGUUACAGAUUCAAGAUGCAACUGCUACAGGACCAACACGACGACUUCUCACUACUUCACUCACCACCGCUUCUUCGAUUUCAGAGAUAUGUCCCAGUAUGUGCGUAUACCAGCACCCAUCAAUGAUCCUCAAGCCGCCACUGCCGCCCCGGUAACGAACAAUUACUUCAACGACCCGGCAUGGACGAGCGUGUGGUCUAUCCAGAACUGGAACAAUAGUCUUCUCAUGAACGGGAGCUCGGACGUGACCGGAAGCGACGCCACGGUCCUUAUGGUGAACUCAGCAAACAACAUCUACUUCGACAAGAACCAAGAUAAGGGAGCGGAAUCUAAGACAUAUAUGGUGAUGCGGACGAUGCGCCACGACAAAUUCCAAUCGGCUUCCGAGAUAGAGUCUAUCUCCCUAGGUUACCGGUACAUUUCAAUUCGCAUGUACGCUCGGACGAAGGGCGCACCCGGGGCCGUGACGGCUAUGUUUACGUUCCGCGAGGCGGCGCAGCUUUCGCUGGUACAGGAAGCCGAUCUUGAAAUCAGGACGGUGGACCCGACGAACUCGAUCCAGUACACGAACCAGCCGUCGUGGAACGAGACCGGGGACAUUCCCCAAGCCACACGCAACGUCUCAAUGCCGAACCACGGGGAUUGGUCGGAUUGGCAAUACCAUCGAAUGGAUUGGACGCCGGGAUCCACUAGUUGGUUCGUUGAUGGACAACUGAUGUCAUCAAUUCAAUUCCAAGCGCCUCGGGACGCAAGUCGUAUCAUGUUCAACAGUUGGAGCGAUGGCGGUAGCUGGAGCGGUAACAUGAGUGUUAACGCUUCGGCGGAGAUGCAGAUCCAAUGGAUUGAUAUCGUUUACAACAGUACGGACCCGGUUCCCGGAAACCCGUUUUUGAACCCGGGUGCUGGAGGAGCAUGUGCGAACACGUGCAGUAUCGACCUUACUUCAAAGACCGGUACACCGGUGUUGAUUUCUGGACCUUCAGGCAACAAUCCUGCCCCUGGAAACGGUAAUUCCCCAGGGGCUUGCACUGCGGCUAAGUGGGGGCAAUGCGCUGGGAAGACGUGGAGUGGAUGUACGGCCUGUGCCGCGGGGACAUCGUGCAAAUUCCAGAAUGAUUAUUACUCCCAAUGCCUUUGAAGGAUGGAAUUCUAUUAUAUUAGCGUUGAUUUACAGUUGUUUUUUCUUACCCAGUUGAUACCAGUAAUAAAUACUUACCUGCGCGGAUUCGAAUUC